CCUGGGGUUUCUAUGGGAGCCAGAAAGCCUCGAAAACUUCAAACUAAGCAGUGGCUUCUUCCUUGGCACGGACAUGGCACUGGAGAAAAUGCAAGUAGACUUGGAGCUCCUGCCAACUUCCACCACCCCAGACGGCAACAUCCUGAGAAGGUCCACCAGCUCCCCGUUGAUCAAUGGACUUGGUGAUAAUGCACAGGUGUUCCAAGGUGACACAUUAAGAAUUAGAAGAAACAGUACAACAUUUAUACGUCAAAACUCUCUGUUGUUGCCACCUCCCAUUCGUACUUCCAUCAGCCGCCUUCAUCAAAUCAAACAGGAAGAAAGCGUGGAUUUAAUAAAUAAAGAAGCAACGCAAGAACGGGUAGUACAAACUGCAAUACACAUAAGUCAAUCUUGGGAAGAAAGUUUGAACCUGAAUGACAAUGAUGUAGAGAAACCAUCCUCUCUAAAGUGCAUUGAUUUAACUCCAGUAUCCUCAGUGGCUUCUUCUGGCAGGGGGAUUGGGAAGCAAUGUUUUUCUCCAUCAUUACAAACUUGUGUGAAUUGUACCAGUUUGCCUCGAAGUCCUAUUCCCAGUCCUUUGCUACAAUUUUCAGUAAGAAGCCAAAACCAUAGCAACAUUGUUAGACCAAGUAUCCUUGGAGAAUUAAAAAGAAAAGGGGAAAUGGCACUUGAAGAUCAGCCAAGACGGUUUUUCCAAAGCAUGACCAACAUGCUUUCUGAUACUUCCCAACAGUUAGAAAAGGAUGUACAGUGA